UUUGUCGAUCUCUCAUAAGUCACAUUGAGAUCAUAAGUCACAUUCACAUUGGUCAAGUAAGUUUUGUGCGCUCUCAUGGUAUAUAAAUCCAUCUUUGUACGUCAUUACUUUCUAAGCUCAUUUCAUUUGUUAUCACAUUUAUCAGAAUUGUGCAUGGUCACAUGAUAUAUAAAUCCGUCUUUGUACAUCAUUCACUUACUAGGCUCAUUUCAUUUUUCUAUCAUUUUUAGAUCAGGUUAUAAAAAUCUCUCUGAUUACUAAAGCCAAUUCAGAUAGCAACCAUAUGAAAUUUCUCUUUGACUUUUGACACCACCAAACACCAUAUAACAACAACAACGCCUUCCACCACUCAUAUCUUAUACUCAAUCCAAUAGAUCAAACUCUCUCUCUCUCAUGGAGCAAGAGGUCCCUAACACUAACACACCAGUAGCACUGGUUGUGGGAGUGACAGGCAUGGCAGGGUUGAGCUUGGCUGAAGCUUUAAAGAGUCCAACGGCCCUUGGUGGUCCAUGGAAAGUCUACGGCUCAGCUCGCCGCCCCAACCCGACAUGGUUCCCUUCCUCCACCCUUGACCAUUACAUAACUUUUGAUGCCUUAAACUUUGAUGACACACUCAAACAUCUCGCCCCAAUAGCCCAUGAAAUUACCCAUGUCUUUUGGGUAGCAAUCCAAGUACGUGAAAAUGAAGAAUCUAACGUAGCUGCCAACUCUACCAUGCUUGAAAAUGUUAUUAAAGCUCUCAAAUCAGCCACACCUUCACGGCUAUGCCAUAUAACAUUGCAAACCGGAACCAAACAUUACAUGGGUCCGAUCUUUGAUCCAGUUCUUGGAACCCAACUUGUGCAUCAUGAACCUCCAUUUCAUGAGGACAUGCCUCGACUACCCUACCCUAACUUCUAUUAUGCCUUAGAAGACCUUUUGGCUUCAUACUCACCAUCAUUCUCAUAUUCUGUGCACCGUUCUUCUAUAAUAGUUGGUGCAUCCUCAAGGAGCUUCUACAAUGCAUUGCUGACUCUAUGCGUGUAUGCUACUAUCUGUAAAUACCAAGGCCUGCCCUUUCGGUAUCCAGGUACAAAAUACACAUGGGAGAAUUUCUGCGACAUGUCAGAUGCACGUGUGUUAGCGGAGCAACAAAUUUGGGCUGCGGUAACGGAAAGAGCCAAGAACCAAGCCUUUAAUUGCACCAAUGGUGAUGUUUAUACGUGGAAGAGCUUAUGGACGGUGUGUUGUGAGGUCUUUGAUGUUGAGUUUGUGCCAUUUGAUGAGAAUGAAAAGUUUGAUUGGGUUGGGAUGAUGAAGAAGAAGGGAAGGGUGUGGGAUGAGAUCGUUGAAAAGUAUGGGCUCUAUAAGACCAACAUGGAGGAAAUUGUUUGUCCAGAGGCAUUCGAUGCAGCUUUGCACUUUGAUUUUCCACAUGUUUGUAGCAUGAACAAGAGUCGUGAGUUUGGGUUUUUUGGGUAUGCCAAUACAUUGAAGAGUAUUGGCCUGUGGGUGGGGCGAUUAAGAGACAUGAAAAUAAUACCCUAGUUACGAAAUCAUGAUUGCAAAGAAUUUAAUAAAAUAAUUUCUUAGAUUGAAGUUUCACUUGGUGUAAGAUUCUACUAUUGUUGUAUUAUUCAGAGGUGAAAUGAAAUACAUAGUUAUCUGUUUUUUA